UAUAAAAAAAAGGAAUUUCAAGCGCUGGCGUUUUUUGUCAACCGAAAAAGGGCCAAGUGGCCAUAAAAGCGCACAAGUGGCUGCACCAACAACAACAACAACAACAACCACAACUACAAAAGCAACCCUGUGAACCGAACAGCAACAACAACAACAACAACAACAACGAACUGAGGCCCAUAACGAAAACCCUUUUGAACCCGAAGGCAGGAAAACGCUUGUUUCGACAAGACAAAAACAACAAAGGCAACACGAACAACAACAACAACAACAACAAGAAGGAGAAGAACGACAACCAGCACACACAGCUCUAUGCCGGCACCAAGAUGAGACGCAACAGCAUUCAAACAGCGACCACUUCCACAAAUCGACAGCUUUGGCUGCCGUCGCUGCUUUUACUUCUAGCAGGCAGCAGCAGGAUCAGCGCACAAUGUCCUUGGCAACGUGAAGUGCCCGAUCUGCAAUCGAGCUGCAUAUGUGCCUACAAUCUCGGACGAGAGCUCAGCGUACAAUGUGAUCAGGUGGAGUUCUCGCAACUGGUGGACGCGAUGAACAAAUAUGCGAGACUGAAGCCGGUGGAUUUGCUGUAUGUGAACAAUGCUACAAUUGAGGAGCUGCCCGAUGAUAUAUUCAGCAAUCUGAGUCUGCACAAUGUGCAGCUAUCGAGCUGUGGCAUCAAGAGAAUAUCGAGUGGCGCCUUCAAGGGGCAGGAGUCAAUGCUAAAGAAUCUCAAUCUGCAGGAUAAUCAGUUGAGUGAGGUGCCCAUUGCAGCACUCAAAUUGCUGGGCAAGCUCAAUCUGCUCGACUUGUCGCGCAAUCAAAUCACCCAGAUACCGGACGAUGCCUUCACGGGUCUCCACAAGCUGUCCACGCUGAAGCUAAAUGAUAACAAUGUGACGCUAUCUCCGAGCGCAUUUCGUGGUCUCGAGCUGAGUCUGAAGAAUCUCAAUCUGAAGGGCACCAAGCAGCGGCGAGUGCCGGAAAGUAUACGUGGACUGAAGAGUCUCGCAUUUCUCGAUCUCUCACAGAAUGGCAUCAAGGAGCUGCCGGGCGCUGGUGGCAUACGUGUCUUCGAUGGCUUGGAUGCACUCACAGCCCUCAAUAUGGAACGCAAUCUCAUUCAGAGCAUUGCGGAAACGGCAUUUGCUGGUGUCCGCAAAACGUUGAGUUCGUUGAGUUUGCUUAACAAUCUGUUGGCCGAUUUUCCCAUUGGCGCUGUGCAUUCGCUGAAGGAGCUGCGUGUUUUGGAUAUUGGUUUUAAUUUGCUCACCUCGCUGCCGGAGGCGGCGUUCCGUGGCAAUCCAAGCAUUACACUGCUGGCCUUGGACGGCAAUCCACUCAGCACGGUGCCGGAGGGUGCGUUUGCCCAUUUGAAUGCCACGUUGCGUGGACUCUCCUUGGGCGGUCGAUUCCUCCAUUGCGAUUGCAAACUGCGCUGGGUGGCCGAAUGGAUACGCAACGGUGACUUGCAGGUCACCUCACGCGAACGCAAUCCUCAGUUUUGUGGCACACCGCCACGUUUCCGUGAUCGCGGCUUCUACUCCAUACAGCCGGAGGAGUUGAAUUGUCCCGAAAUUGCUGAUGUUGCGCUUCGUGGUCCUGUCGGCCUCGCCGACAAUCUAAAGCCCACGUUUCCCUCAUCACCGGACUCGGUGGAGUUUGAAACGGGGUCUGGCACUGGUACAGCUGCCGCCUCGUCACCAGUUGCCAACAGCCUGAGCACCACAACACCAAAGGCAACAACAACAACAACAACAACAAAAUUAACCACAAGAACCACAACAACAGCAGCGCCAACAACUAGUUCCAGCACAACAGCGAGCACGACUCGUCCGCCCACAGCAGCGACAACAGCCACAACGAAAGCCGCCCCAUUGCCAACAGCUGGCAUCAAUGGCACUGGCAGCGUUCAGGCCACGGCCAUAACAUCGACAAGCAGCAGCAGCAGCAGCUCCUCGUCCUCCUCAGCCUCCGCUUCCGCCACAUUGCAUACGAGUGGCAAACAGGCGCCUGGUUGGCGUCAAGGCGCCAAUGGAUCGAAUGGUAGUCAACACAAGCCACAACGGCCGCCACUGGUGCUCGGCUAUCCGCCGCAACGUGGCACACGGAUCGAUGAUGCCAACGAGGUGCAGGUGAAACAUGCAUUCCGUCAGGACAGCGCUGUCAUCAUCCAGUGGGACUCGGAAACGGCUAAUAUAUUGGGCUUCCGUGUUGUCUAUCGCCUGUUCGGCGAGAAGGCCUUCAAACAGGGUCCGCCCCUGGAGGCCAGUGAGCGUGAGUUUAAGAUCAAGAAUGUGCCCGCCCAGGAGUGUAUCAUUGUGUGCGUCAUAUCGCUGGAGGAGCUGCAUGUGACGCCCGAAACGGUGCCAUAUCAGCAGUGUCGCGAGGUGCGCACCGUCUCCUCGCAGACAUCCAACAUGGAUAAGAUAACGAUAGCGGCAAGUGCCGCCAUUUGUGGCACCAUCAUUGUGGCCGUGAUUGUAUUCAUCGCAGCAAGCAGGCGCUCGCGUAAGCUGCAAAAUAACCAGCAAAAGAGUCCAUUGCCAAUUGGAGGUUUGCCCGUUAAUUGUUGCGGUCCAACCGGUUCGCCAGGACCACUUGGCUCCAUUGCCACGCUAUCGGCAUUUAACAAUCACAAGGAAUGGGAUCAAGUAUCUGCGUACAGUGGACGCUCGAUACCGCGACCACGCAUCUAUCCCGUCGAACAGCCUGAUGAUAUGCGCAGUCAUUUCUCUGGCAUGCCCGGCAAGGUGGCCAAAUCAAGCAGAUCCAUAGCCGAUGGGCAAUCGCAGCACAGUUUCUCGAAUAAUUCGCAUCGCGGUUAUUUGGGCAGCGCCUUCCCCACAAAUCUGGUCAAUUCACGCCCAGAGCUAAGGCAAUCCCGCCAAUCGUUGGCUGCUGCCUCCGAGCGUAUGUCACGCGCCUCCUACGCUGGCUCCAUACACGGCGGCGGCGGCGGCGGUGGUGGUGGCGUUGGUGGUGGUGGUGGUGCCAUGGGCGUUGGCGGCAUGGUCAAUGCCGGCAGCUUGAUGGGCAUGAGCGGAUUGGUUGGUCCCGGUGGUCCAGCGAGCAUUGCAUCCAGCAAUGCAAGACGCUCACGUCCGCGCUCCAGAUCACGCGAUCAACUGAACACAACGCACAUACAUAACCAUCGACCGGGAAGUCGAUAUUCGCAGGCGGGCUCAACGCAUACGCUAAACAAUUAUUGCGAUACAUCGGAUAAUUGGACCGAUCAUGAUAUGGAUAUAUAUAUGGCGCGCAAUCCGACAACGCGCAACGGUCUGGUGCCAUUAUGAGGGCGGCUUAUGUUAUCCUGAUAUUUCAAUGUUGUAUUAAAUUUGGAUGGCAUUUUCUGACAAUAUCUGACGCCGGCCAUUGCAGCGGGUGGCGAUGGUGGACGGCGUCAGCAGCAACAGCAGCAGCAGCAACAGCAACAG